UUCAAACCUCCGAGGCCGUGGGCACCGGCUCUCACUCGCCUGCCCGCGGCCGCCGGUGCCCGGGUGGUCCGACCGCUGAACUCGCCUCGGCUGCCUCUCCAGCCCCCGCCCGUCAUGAGAAGCCCGCUCCCCUUGCUCCUUUUCUCCCUGGUUGCCCUUUGUGGGCGAGGGGACUGCCGCGUGGCCAACGCGGAGGAGAAGCUCAUGGAUGACCUCCUGAACAAAGCCCGCUACAACAACCUGAUCCGCCCAGCCACCAGCUCCUCAGAGCUCAUCUCCAUCCAGCUGCAGCUCUCCCUGGCGCAGCUCAUCAGUGUGAAUGAGCGAGAACAGAUCAUGACCACCAAUGUCUGGCUGAAACAGGAAUGGACAGACUACCGCCUGGCCUGGAACAGCUCCCGCUAUGAGGGUGUGAACAUCCUGAGGAUCCCCGCAAAGCGCGUCUGGCUGCCUGACAUCGUGCUUUACAACAAGUUAAGUGGCAGGGCUGGCCAAGGUGGUGAGGGCCAGGCCUCCAGUCCUGUGCUUCACCCAGACUUCCAAGCGGUCAGGCUGCAAGAGGAAUUAGAGAUGAGCAGAGCCAGCACCCUCAGUUACAGAUGGGGAAUUGGAGGCCAGAGAUGGGGAGGGCCUUGCGACUCACUCAGGCACAGCUGGGACCGGGGCCACCAUCCUGACCCCAAGUCCAGUGCUCUUUCUGUCCUCCAUACUGUCCUCUUUCUUUCUAAACUUGCUUUUUAAUUAAUUAAUUUAUUUAUUUAUUUUUGGCUCUUCGUUUCUGUGCGAGGGCUUUCUCUAGUUGCAGCGAGCGGGGGCCACUCUCCAUCGCGGUACGCAGGCCUCUCACUAUCGCAGCCUCUCUUGUUGCGGAGCAUAGGCUCCAGACACGCAGGCUCAGUAGUUGUGGCUCACGGGCCUAGUUGCUCCACGGCAUGUGGGAUCUUCCCAGACCAGGGCUCGAACCCGUGUCCCCUGCAUUGGCAGGCGGAUUCUCAAACCACUGCACCACCAGGGAAGCCCCAUACUGUCCUCUUUCUGACCUUCGGUUGCUUUGUCAGUAUUGGGUGUUGGUAGCACUGACUUGAUAUGCAUAAAUAUCUCAGGUAGGUGGAGAGGGAUAAAGAGACUUCCCAGGUCGCAGUUGCACCAGCAGAAGCGAGAAAUGAUUACGAGUAGGUGAUCUAAGGACAGAAAGACCUGACUUCAAAUCUUAGCUGUACUGCUUACUAGUUUUCUGACCUUGAAGAGGACAGCUAACUUCUCUGAGCCUUGUUUUUCCCAUCUGUAAAAUGGGGAUGAUAAUAAUAUCUACCUCAUUGGACUGUUGUGAGGCUUAAAUGAGCAAAUCUAUGUAAAGCCUUCACGCUGUUUCAUGGCAGGGCUCUCGCCGCCAGGCAGUUGCCAAGUAAAGCAGGCCUUUCCAGUGAGGGCAUGGGGGUUUGGAAGAGUGAUUAGUGAGAAAUAAUCCUGCAGGGCUCUUUGGCGAGUUCUAAGAACAGCCAGGCAUCAUCUAUGGAUUUCAUGAUAUUCUCCUCCAUGCCCUGUCCCCACCCCCAGUGCCGACGGUACCUACGAGGUGUCUCUCUAUACCAAUGUGGUGGUCCGCUCC